AUGGGUUUAUUCAACAAACUGCGACGCAGUUCGCGACGCAGUAACAGUGCGGGUAUCGCGACCGAGCCAGAAUCUCCACCCCGCAUCGGCCGAGACUACACCAAACGACUCCCGCGACCAGUGUUGGCGCGCAUCUUCGCUCUCGUAUGCCCUCACACCGUCGAUAAUUCCUACGGCACAUCAGAAGAAUCCGCAAGCGAUGGCUGCAUGCUCUGCGACAUGCGCGAUCUGGCGCACUGCGCCCUAGUGAACAAGCGGUGGUUCCUAGACGCGCGGAAACUCCUGUACACAAACGUCCGCAUCGACGCGGUGCACUACUGCGAGCUCGAAAUUGAAUUAGCCGCCAAGCGGAAACGCCGCUCCUUCUUCGACCGUAAUGGCGACCCCAUCGAUGCGCCCCAGGUACGACUAGAGCUGUUUAUGCGCGCGGUGCGAGAGGCGCAGGGGCUGGGCAAUAUGGUACUCUCGCUGCGCAUGCCGUAUAUGACUCGCGAAGCCAACAAAGCCAACAUCGCCCGCACGAUCUCCGUCCUGCCGAAUCUCCGCUUUGUUGAUCUCCCGGUGGGUCUGUACAGUGACGAGCCGUCCUGUCUACCGUUGAAACAAGAGUUGAUGGUGCGAUGUCCGGAACUGCGGCGGAUGAGUUAUCGCCGGGGUGCUGAGGGGAGUUUUGCGCGUCUGCCUGGUUCCCAGCUAUGGAUGAACUUGGAAGUGUUGGAGCUGUCCGGGGUGCAGAUGGAGGUUGGCACGUUGCGCAGCGGGCUCGCGGCAUUCCCGCAUCUUCGUGAGCUCACGCUCGAAGAGAUGGACUGGCUGGAUGACUCGGCGUUUGCAAUGACUGUGCCGCUGCCACCGUUCCCCGCAGUGCAGUCUCUUACACUCCGAGAUGCCCCUAGUGUGACGGCAAGCGGGCUUGCCUCAUUCCUUUCCAUGCCGAGAAACAAAGCAGCGCUGCAGUCAUUGACAUUAUCGGCUACCGGUGUUGUACCAUCGCAAGUCCAUCACAUUCUCUCUGCAGCUCCUCGGCUGGAGAGUCUUUCAAUUAUUCAGGAAGUUUCCCGCUCAUUCCCCAUGGAGCAAAUCCCUCCCAUGGCGUCGAAAUCACUGCGUCUCCUGCACUAUGAAAUUACGUCUCAAACUGAGACUCACGGGAUGCCACCGGUGGUGUCCUCAUAUUACGGCUACCUGAUCUCCUCGUUGAUGUCGCGGGCUCUACCAGCUCUCCGCGAUUUGUAUGUCCGCGAUGCCGAGUUCCCCGACACCCUUCUGCUUAUGCCUCCACCCCGACUCUUCGGCGGUGGUGAUAAUGGUCCCCAGAUGCGAGGAGGCCUGUCGCAGCCAUUGAACGUGUACAGCAAGGGUCUCGACGAGUUAGAGUGGAACUUCACACCCUACGACCCCGAACCGACUCAUGGACGCCGAGAUUCACGGACGCGCCCGGUGAGUUUCCACGAAGCCCAAUUGAGUCGAUCUUGGGGUGGCGAUGCGCGCAAAAGUGUGUUGGUCGGCAAUGGCUUUGGUGGAUUCCUUGCUGUGCCCGCUGAAGACGAACGCCCUCAAAGUAGUCAGGGCCACAAGCGACUGAGUCGGGGGGAUUUGUGGCGGUAA